CGUCCUAGGGAUACCGGAUAGCACUAACCUGAAUGUCAAGCUACUCUUGUCUGUCAUAUCAACGUGAUUAUUUUCGGGUCGAAUGUUCUCUUCAUUGUAACUAUUAUAUGUUUUUACGUAUUCAUACAUGAAUUGCACAUCGCGUGGAUACGUCUUUUUCAGUUCAAUAUAAACGUAGAGGCUGGCAAGAUAUUUCAACGCUAACGCAUUGCAAAGCUAGUGAAGCUAACUAGCCGAUUUGGACAGGACGUUACACCAUGGAGCCCGAAGCACAAAUACGAAACCUACGGGACUUUUUGAUGGUCUACAACCGUAUGACAGAGAUAUGUUUCCAGAGAUGCACCAGUAACUUCAACUACAGAAGUCUCACCAUGGACGAGGAGCGCUGUGCAGACAGCUGUGCCGGGAAGCUGAUCCGCUCCAACCACCGUCUGAUGGGAACCUAUGUCAACCUGAUGCCGGGGAUGGUGCAGCGCCGCAUGGCUGAGAUGGAGAAGAAGAACGCUGAGCUGGUCACAGCAGAGGCUGAGGCUGCAGGUGCACUGGAGGGGACACCUGACUUGGCUGAUCGAGGCCUACCUAUAGCCUCAACCGGGGGUAAAGCCUCCGCUCCUGCCCCGGGGACAAGUGAGGCUAUGACGCCUUCAGAGGUAUCAGUGAUGGCUGCCUCAGUCUUAAAGCCUGCUGUUUUAGAUUUCUCUGCAGACCUGGGUCCAGCUGCCUCACCCUCCACCCCCUCUUCCACCUCCACAGAGGUUAAACUAGCAGCUGCCUCACCCUCCACCCCAGCCUCAGAACCACUGGUGCCUUCCUCCCUCUCCCAGGCUGUGAAUGGAGUAGGGCUCACCAGACUGACUUCAGGCCCAAUUUUAGAGUUGUCCCCUGUUAGACAUGAUCAAUCCACAGUCACUGCUGCUCCCAGUGCAGCACCAAGUGGUCCCCACCUUAGUAGGUAACCAGGCACCAGUAAUGUUAGUUCCGCCCACAUUUACAUAUGGUGCCUGUAGAGGCGACACCAGCGCCUACAAUAGUGGCUGUUACGGUUACACAGAGAUAAGCCCUAACCCCAGGCCCUGAUCUAACCCCAGGCCCUGAUCUAACCCCAGGCCCUGCCCUAACCCCAGGCCCUGCCCUAACCCCAGGCCCUGCCCUAACCCCAGGCCCUGCCCUAACCCCAGGCCCUGCCCUAACCCCAGGCCCUGCCCUAACCCCAGUCCCUGCCCUAACCACAGCCCUAACCCCAGGCCCGGCCCUAACCCCAGGCCCUGCCCUAACCCCAGCCCUAACCCCAGGCCCAGCCCUAACCCCAGGCCCAGCCCUAACCCCAGGCCCAGCCCUAACCCCAGGCCCUAACCCUAACCACA